AUCAUAUAUUUUAUUUGACAAUAGCAGAGACGAAUGGCUUGACGACACAUACGCAGGGGUACAGGAGUAACGCACUGACAGCUGCUGCUUUACUGCCAAUUAAAAAUAGUGUUUGAAGUACAGGUCCACUAAAUAACAUGGUAUGAGCUGUGGAUUACUUCUUGUGCAGCUGCGUGCCCAAAUGCUCUGCAAUAUUAAUAUUCUCUAUGUGACAUCACUCCCAAUGAACUCCUCCCUCCAACUAUUUCAGUCCGAACACAAGGGUUAAAAUUCCAGAGGACAGAGAUUAUUUUUCCCCAAGAGGAACAAUACAGAUAACAGGUCUCCAGCACUCUUCCCAAAGCUGGACAUCAGUUACAGGACAAGCUGAGUUACCAGUGAGCCCAUCUGUGACCAUCACAAGAGUCAACUUCGGUUAUUUUCUCUUCCCGGUGAAACACCCACCAAGCCUCAAAUCUUCUUCAGAAUGGAGCGUUCAACCCAGGAGCUGUUCCUCAACUUUAUGAUUGUCCUGAUCACCGUCCUGCUCAUGUGGGUUCUUGUGAAGUCGUACCAAAGCUAACACUAGCCCAAAAAGUCAUGGAAAACAAGUGCAAUUGCCUCUCCAGAAAUAUGUGAGAACCAUCUGGAACUUUGUGUGUACGAUUGUUCCACAUCAAUGUGCGUUCUGUGUUCUGCCACCAAGCUCCUAGUGUCCACCACCACCACCACCAUCAAAUUAGGUCAAUGUCAGAUGUCCGUUCACCUGCCCGUUGGCUUGAAGCCAGAAUGUACUGCCCUAGCCCAGCACUGAGAUUGAUCAGCUGGCUAUGAUGAGCACAUAUGAGGGAGAAUUAAACACAGAGGAAAUGUUUAGUCUACUGGAGGAAGAGGAUAGAAAAGUGUCAAAUUCUGUCUUUAUGUUUUGAUUAAAAAGAGAAAUGGAAAAUUUGAAAUCUGCGUUUUCCAUCCCAAUAAAUGUUCCCACCACAUGUUAAUACAAUAAA